UCCCAGAUGGAAAUCCAUAUAAGGACGCGGCACUCAAGAAAUUUCCGUCAGAAUCGUGCAACCGGUGUCAUCGAUACCAUAGGAACAUUGAAAAUUUCGACACCCUCCGAAUCAUUCUCCGACCCUACGAAUUUAGGUAUUCCCAGAAAGACGCGGGUAAUUUUUAUUAUCACUGCCAUAGCAAAAAUCCAGAACGAUCGGCACAAGUUUUUGUUGAAUCCCUGACUUUCAUCAAACCACCUUCAUCCUCAGAAGAAUUACUAGAUAUCCUCAUUACGAAAAAUUGGAAACGCCUGGAAACAACCUCUUUCACCCCUCCCUCAGACGAAGAUAUUGCUAAUAGUAAAACCCAAGUUGCGGACUCACCAAUUCUCGGACCACUCUACGAUCAAACAGUAACUCCAUACGAACAAACACAAAACCUUCGAAAAAGCGUAGAAGAUUAUUUGACUGACUACCAAGCUCAAACCGGACAUAGGUUUACACCAGCGGAUCGAUACGACUUUGAUAAUGAUCAGCCUUUUGGUGACAAUUUACCACCAGUAGAUAUCGAUCAAGUUUUUAGUAUCGCUAAAGAAGACGAAGUAGACCUACAAUCGGACGAAUUCGAGGAAAAAUCAGAUGAAGAGUUCGAACAAGCCCUAGAACAGACCGAAGAAAACAACAUAAUAAAUCCACAAGCAGACGUACCAGCCUAUCAGCCUAAUCCUCAACCAUACAGACUUCCUUCACCACCACCAGACUUACCACAAAAUCUACCAAAUCCACCAGUAGCACCUCCAGUAGUACCUCAACAAAUUCCUCCAGUAGCUCCACCACCACCUCUGUUUAAUCCAGCCCCAUUCCAACCACCACAACAGCAACAAUAUCAAGGCGAAGAAAUGUCGCAAGCAUCAUACCCUACCUUUGACGGCACCAAUCCUCGCAAAUGGAUUGCAGAGCUCGAAUUGGCAUUUAUUGCCAAUAAUUUACCCACAGAUGCUCACCCUAGAAAAAUCGGAAUUGCAGCCUUACAUUUAGGACCAGCGAAAAUGUGGUAUGUGACCAUGGACAAUAAACCUACCACGUGGGGAAGAGCUAAUGCAAGAGACGGUUUCAAGGAACUAUUCCUAGCCAAGUAUGCUACUGAUGGCAAUAGAACGCAAGUGUCCCAACAGGCCUACGCAUGUACUCAAAGGAAAACAGAGUCAGUGAAUGACUACCUCAAUGCGCUCCAAGAAAUGUGGUUAGAAUGUGGUGACCCAGCGGUUAUGCCAGAAUGGAUGAAAGUAAAUCAAUUCGUCCAUGGACUACUGCCAGCGAUAAGAACUCCAGUAAUGCAGCAAGCACCAGGAACCAUGGCCCAAGCCAUUCAAUUCGCCAAUAAUUGUUUCUAUGCAAUGAGGGCUAGUGUCCAACCGUCUCACAGUGCAGAAGUCAAUGACGCGCUCUUGGAAGAAAUUGCGGCAUUGAAAGUUCAAGUGGCAGAGUUGAAGACUUUUCCAACCAACACGAACAACAAUAAUAACAGGGGAUAUCAACAAGGCAACAGCAGCAAUCGGCGAAACGGACCUAGAUGCCACUAUUGUGGAAACAAUGGGCAUGGACAUCCGACAGGGAAGAAAGCUCAAUUGGGCAGUACCAAGAAAGAACAAUCAAGGACAGGGAAAAGGUCAGCCACGUCAGUAGAGGGCUCUGACAGUGGCAAUCGAAUAAGACCCUCGCAUGGAGCAAAGCAGUAUGGGGACUCUGACGUUUCAGGACCUACAUAUUGUAGCGCUUUUGUAGAGGAAGUGGAGAGUAGGAUUCUAGUCGAUACUGGAUCCUCAGUGACAAUAAUUUCUAGUGAACAUUUCGAUCUUAUCACUGGAAGAAUGAAGAAGAAACCUAUCCUUGAAAGUUCAAACUAUCAGAUACAAGGAGUAACAGGACAUAGAGAACAACCUAGAGGAGAAGUGAAGAACUUACCACUAAGAUUCAAGAAAACGGACCAACAUGGGGACUAA